AUGGCGUGUCGACAAGUUCGCGUGGUCAACGGGAGAUGGGCUCGAACCUCCGACUGCGGUUGGAUUUUCAUAGUCAAUUCAAGAAAUGCUGUGAAAAACCUAAAAAUGCGUCAAGGGGACGGGCUCUUACGCAGCAGAGAUAUUGUCGUGGCUGAGUUUGGGAUCUCUGCGUCUGACGUGAAUCUGACGUUUCAGUGGCCAGAGUGGAUGGAUGUCGGCAGCGCCGCAUGGAAACAGACCUGCCCAGUGACGAUUACCAACGACGAGACUAUGGAAAUAUACUUAGCCAUCAUGCGUGUGGAGACGGGCGAGGUGCCACUGUAUAUCUCCGAGUUGUCUGUUGAGCAAUCGGUUGAUGCUAAUGCCUUACAAAUCCUUGAGGAAGAAGAAGGUGAUGGAGAUGCUGUAUCUCAUGGAACAUCGUCUGCACAUGAAAUUGCAGCGGGCAAAGUGGAGCACGAAGGCGAUGAUAUCUCUGUUGGAGAUGUUUUCAGAAACAAACUUGAUUGCCUAGACAGACUUGCUUUAUACGCAUUGAAUAGGCGUUUUCAAUUCCACCACGACCGUACGAGCAAGAAAUUGACAACGUUAACUUGCAUAGCUGAUUCAUGCCCAUGGCGUGUGUACAUUGUCAAUCUAGAAGAUUCUGACGCUUAUCAGAUUAAAAGUGCGAAUCUAAGACACACAUGUUCCGAUGAGGAUCGCAGUGCAUACCGUAUACAAGCGACAACCAAGUUCAUAAGGAGCUUAAAAAAAUCAAAGUUUGCUCAGGCGAGUCAUUUUCAGAAGCUUCUUCUAGAAAAUCAUAAUGCGAUGGUGACUUACUGGAAAGCGUGGGAAUCACGUGAACCUGAUGGCAGUUUUGCGUUACUGCCUUCUUACCUCUAUCGUCUGUGUCAGUCUUACCCCGGAACCGUUACACACCUCCAAAUGGAAGCUAAUAAGUUCAAAUACCUGUUCUUGGCAUUCUCGUUCUCUUUGAGUGGGUUUGCGAGCAUGCGUCGUGUCAUCAUCCUUGAUGCAGCUCCUAUACGUGGGAGAUUUGAGGGUUGCCUCCUAACCGCUUGCUGCCAAGAUCCUAACUUUCAGGAAUUUCCAUUGGCCUUUGCCAUUGUUGACGGAGAAAACGACGAUGCUUGGGGUUGGUUUUUCCGUAUGCUCGUUACAGUCGUACCUGAUAGUGGUUCUUUGGCAUUUGUUUCGGAAUGGCAUUCGUCAAUUUGCGCAGGCAUAAGCCAGGUAUAUCCUAAAGCUUCGCAUGGGGCAUGUGUGCUGCACGUGCAUAUCGCGUAG